UUAUUUAUAAAUUUUAUCAUUGAACAUUCAAACAAGACUAGAUGAACAUUAACAGUUACAGAUAUUUACAGCACAAUAUUGUAAAAAUGGUCAAUUUAAAGGGUCACGGUUAACAAAAUAACAAUUAAAAUUAAACAAUAACAUAAUUUUAGAGAAAACAUUUUUUGGAAAAUAUGAAAAUCUAUUUUAAGAUAAUUUUUCGUGAGAUUAGCCACAGUUACACCAAAUAAGUCUUUCCUCGCUUGUUUCCUCGCUUGUCUAACUCAUUGAUAUAAUCUUUCGCUUCUCCAUAAUACAAUACCUUUAUCGUCAGCUUAAAUUGCUCUUUCUCCAACUUCUUGCGUUCAUUUUCAUCUUUCUCGAACAUUAGCCUUUCUUCUGGUGAAGUGAGAUAAAAUAAUAUUCAUUUCCAGUUCCCUGAGCCCUUUUAUUUACAGACAUUUACUCCUAGUAUGAUGAUGAUCAUGUUAAGGGUGGAAAGUAAAGACGAGAAGAUCCUCCUCUCUUCUUUCUUUCUCCUCUCUUUCAGAUUUUCGUUCUUUUGCCUGUACAGAAUCUCAGAUGAUUGUGAUUCACCAAAAAAUCACAUGGAACCAGUAAAACUUUUUUGUCUUAUUUUUUAGCAACUUUUACAUUUAAUCAUUUCUUUUAUAAUUUGUUCACUUGCUUUUCCCUGAAUUUGAGGUUUCUUGCAGUUGCCAUCGUUUACUUCAGCUUUUGAAACGUUUCUCAUCAUCACAAUGGGUUAAUUCACUUGAGUUGACCAAAUCAUUUACAAUUAUUAAUAUAUCUUCUUGGAUUGUUUGCUUUCAAUACGAUUCUUAAUGCGUCAACAUUGUUUUCAAUUCUUUGCAAAAUGAUCGCCCAAUCUCUUUACCAAUCAGCUAACCUAUAAUGAGAGCAGUCUGGUUUCAGGGUGCAACACAUAAUUAUGCUGGACUUAUUUAUUGGUUUGAAAAGGGUAACCAAACGACGAACUGUUCACAUUGAUAAUGCCAUCUUUCGAUUACACUGGCUUUUUACUUCAGUUAUAUUGAUUGCUUUUAGCAUCCUUUUAUCUGGUCGUCAAUAUGUUGGUGAACCAAUCCAUUGUAUGGAAACCAAUAAUUUACCCAAAACAAUGAUAAACACCUAUUGCUGGAUCCAAUCAACUUUCAUCAUUCCUGAGCCAAAACAGACAGCAAAGCAAGUUUCUUCGGCACCAACAACUUCCUAUUUAUCUAUAAACCAGCGAGCAAGCUAUGGUGAAACGGCUCACCCCUGGAUCCGAAAUUCGCAGGGUUACACUGGUAACCGAAAAUGGCAAACCUAUUACCAGUGGGUAACUUUUACACUCUUCUUCCAAGGUCUCCUCUUUUACUUUCCAUAUUACCUGUGGAAAUUGUGGGAAGGUGGGUUAAUUAAAACCAUCUCUCUUGGUAUGCAGAUUGCAUUAAUCACAGAUGAAGAAAAGGGCCACAAGCGGAAAAUCAUUUUAGACUAUUUUUACCGACAUUUUGGUCAUCACCGGCUGUAUGCAUGUAAAUAUUUCUUUUGUGAAGCUUUGUGCCUAGCCAAUGUCAUCUGCCAGUUGUAUUUCACUGAUUGGUUUUUCGACGGUGAAUUUAUCGACUAUGGACCACUUACUGUGUCUUAUAUACUUUCAGAGAAUCGGACUUCCCUGGUUAAUCCAAUGAUUCGAAUGUUCCCCCGGAUGACCAAGUGCCGCUUCCAAAAGUAUGGUGAUUCUGGGGACAUAUCCACUUAUGAUAUUCUGUGUAUGUUGCCAUUGAAUGUGGUUAACGAGAAGAUUUACCUUUUCCUUUGGUUCUGGUACUCCAUACUAUUAAUCUUGACUGUUUUGUUAAUCCUCUUUCGACUCUUCAUUGUCAUCUGUUUUUCUCUUCGUCCAUAUUUUCUCAAAUCUCGAUGUCGACUAUCAAAGACAAAAUGCCUUCGACUAAUUUGUGCCAGAGGAAAUAUUGGUGAUUGGUUUUUGAUGUACAUGUUGGCAAACAAUCUGGAUCCAUUGUUAAUAAGAGAGAUCACUGAUGGUCUUGGCAAAAAAUUAGAAAGAGACGCAAACGGCUCAAAAAACCACAUAGCGAUGCAAGCGGUUCAAAAAAUCACAUAAAUGUACUACAAGUGAUUCAGUUACAGUUGAAUUUCUAUUGAAAUAUAAAUGGAGUGAUCAUAACACGGUGCAACACAUUAGUUGUAAAAUAUAAACAAAACAAUCAUCAAGCUUUACUAUAUUUACUUCACUUGUACUAAUAUAACACAAAAGUGCUUCCAUUCUCCAAUAUUUCGCCGGUUGAUAAUACACCAUGGUUUAUGUUAAUACAACCAAAAUGCUGAAAAAGACCAUUUAAUCACAGUUGGCAAAAUUCAUAAAAACGUUUGAAUAUCACUUGCUUCAAAAUAAAUAAUUCAAGAAGCGAGGGAAAAGGAAACGGUUCACUGGGUUGUAAUAAGACUGUUUAUCAACAAUCCAAUAAUUUUAAUUUGUACCAAUCACGACGGUUCAAUAGGACGCUUAAAUGGAUUUAAGUACGGAUUGAAAUUUUUAGAGGCCGCUUGGUCACAAAAAAACUUUAAUUGUCUUCAUGAUAUUGAUCUAUUUAGCUGAUCCAUUAAUAGAUGAAAGUUGGAUAACAUCGAUUGUUUUUAAAAGAUGAAAUCAACUUGUACAAUCUUUUGAUAUUCUUUUUUUGUAUGAAUGUAAUCAAUUAAAUCUUACGCUUGAAAA